GCCUGCUGAUGCGAUAUGUCUCCUCUGUACACCCUGGACGCUCAUAUUAUUUUUGUCGGCAGCACUCUGCAAAGCMUCGAAUGUGGAUUGGACGAAGAUGUAGGAUAUAUCUCUAAAAUGAUGCUAUACAAGUAUAGUAUAUGUUAUAUAAUGUAGACUAGUCACGGUAUAUUUUUUGAAUUAGGCUACAGUUGUUUUGUGUGCCUGGCUACRUUGGAUUACCUGGAGUAGCUAGAAUCAUCGGUCGCGCCCUUGUGGGCUUUGACUGUCUAUCCUAUUCAUAGGGGGUGAGUAUCAAAAUGAGGGAUGCUGAAGGAGUCGUUUUUGGACAAGAUGCGGACAGAAUGGUUGGGGCAGUGCUUCGUAGGAUGCUGAGGCUUUUCGAUGGUGGAUUCUUGUGGAUGGGAAAUGCUCCCUAAUCUUCCCUGCCCUACUCCUCCCUCUCCUGAAAACCCCAAUCCCUCCAUCUCUCGUUCUCACUUUCUCCAUCACUCCAUCACUCUCUGGUCGCCAUGACGUCCACGCUGCAAACGCUGGGGCUCAAACUGGCCCCGCCCCCUCAGGACCUAAACCCUGAGCGGUUGGACGGCUGCGAGGAGACGGGCCGGCGCUAUAAAGUGGUUCCAUCCGUCGUGUGCUCCAUGUGUUGCCUCUUCGGCAUCAUCUACUGCUUCUUUGGGUACCGUUGUUUCAAGGCGGUGAUGUUCCUGACGGGCCUGAUGUUCGGCUCCAUCGUCAUCUUCAUGUUGUGUUAUAAGGAGCGCGUCCUGGACACCCAGCUCAGUGUUGAGGCCUCUGUGGGCAUCGGCCUGGGCAUCGGCACCCUCUGCGGCCUGGUCACCAUGCUGGUUCGCUCCGUGGGUCUCUUCAUGGUGGGUCUCCUCCUGGGCCUCUUGGUGGCUGUGGCUACCCUGGUGGGCAUGGAAGAGCUGUCGAACAGCCCCCCGAGGUCGGUCUGGGUCCCCCUGGGGGUGCUGCUUGGCCUGGGCAUGCUGUUUGCCGUUCUCACCCUCCAAUGGCAGCGUUUCUUCACCACCGUGUCCACGGCCGUGUUCGGGGCAGCGGUGAUCACCGUGGCGCUGGACUACUUUGUGGAGCUGUUUGCCCUGGUGUUGUACCUGUAUGAGAGGGUGAAAGCAGCGCCCAGAGGGAGACCCGUCUGCUGGAUCACCUGGGUGGUGCUGGGGGUGUGGCCUGUUCUGACGCUCCUGGGGGUGCUAAUACAGUGGAAGGUGACAGCAGAGGGAUACUCCCACACCAAGGUGAUAAUCAGUCGUCAGCAGCGGCGGGUCCAGCUGAUGCGUAUCCGUCAAAAGGAGGAGCGGAGGGACCGCAGCAGGAAGAAGAAGAACAAGCAACAGAGAGACUCCACCCACAGCUCUCACCCUCCCAAACCCCUGCACCCCGAGCCCGCCUAUCGCAGGAAACCCAACCCUAUACGACGCUUUGACGGGGACGUCCUAUCGCCUAGUUACAUCCAGAGUUUCCGGGACAGGCAGGUGGAGGCUAGGCCGUAUCCUGGAGGGGGCAGACUGAUGGGGGGAGGAGGGGCUCACACCAGUGUGGAUGUGGACUAUGACUGUGGCUCCACCACGCCCCUCACUGCGGCUGCAGGCCCCUUACUACGAGUCUGAACACUCCCCUAACCACUGGUCCGACCACACCCCCAAAAACCUGUACAGCAGUAUGAAUCUGGCAGCCACAUCACACCCCCAAAAGGUGUGACCACACCCGCAACCCACCUGUGCUGCAGUAUUGUUCCGACCACACCCUUAAACGGUGUGACCACACCGCCGUAGGCCUGUAUUGCAGUAUAGGUCUGACUGACCACUCCCCCACCACAAUGCUGGAGCCAAUCAGAGUAUGUGAAUAGUAAAGGCCUGAGCUCCUUUUUCUGUUUCACACGCACACCAGCCACAUGCAUGAAAAUACUGUACACACAUCCACAAACACUGCAGUGGAACUGGAUCUGGUGAAAAGAGAGAGAAAUACAGGGCCUCUAACUGGAUGGACAGAUAACCGUUACCCGAGGCUUCUCUCUCCAGCCAGUCUCCAUCAGGACACAGUUUAAAGAAGCAUGGCUCAGGUUUCGAACGAGGCAUCGUUUUACCAUGGACACCGGAUUACAAUCCUCUCUCUUCAGGAUUUUAAAAAGAUUUUAAAAGUGUGUCUAUAACUUGGCCGUCUUAAUUCUUCAAAUCAUUCUCUGUCGUCAACAGGCAGUUCCUUUGUACUGCAUUUCUACGGUUCCAUCCUUCUAUGGAGUUGGGACCUUCUGAUGAGAACUGACUAGUAAUACACACCCCUGCUCUGUGCCAUGCCAGCCCGACAACAGAUCACCUCCUGGGAAGGAGAAGAAUAUGUGUCUUUUAAGAGGAAGCAUUAUGCGUUCUUGGUGCUGGACGAUAUCCGUCUUUGGAAAGCAGUUUGAACUCCCCCUUCUUUAACUGAAGUUGGGAGAUCCGGUGGAUUUAUGGGUGCCUUGUGAUUGCCCUUACUUGGACUGUACCAUUCAGCGGUGGGAUAGGGGUUAUUGGCAGUGGUCACUGACUGAGAGAUGUGAGAGACUAUAUGAUAACGUGAUAUAUUAUUAUAGUGACAGGCAACAAAGUUGUUGCGAUAGGAAUGAGGGUAGGCCUAUGUCUAGCAGAAGAACAACAGUGAACCAAUCAGGGAGCAAGUAAGGAAACAGUGGAUGGCGAUUGGUCUAACCUGCCCGAGGCGCUACCAAAAGGAACACUACAGGAAGUCAGCACAGGGUCAGUAAAGAGUUCAAAACAGAAAGGGGCCAGAAUAAACGAUCGACCAAUACAACGAGAGUAUUGACCGCUCCCCAUCC